AUGGCUCGUUCAAUCCGCGGUGCGAUGGGCACUGUGUCCCUGAUUCUGAUUGCCGGAUCUUUGGUGUUGAUGUUCUUCGUCGUCCUCUCCGGUGUCAAGAGAACCACUCCUCUCGAUAAGACCUAUUUCCUACGAGCCACCACAUCCGGCGUUCAAGGCGCAAGACCUGUGUCGCAAUGGAACUACUUCUACGUGUGCGGUGAGGGCAACAAUGACUGCGGGUCGCCGGUUCCAGCUCUUCCAUUUGGCUACGCUUGGGUUGGUGGUGGUGAGGGUGCUCCAUCAGGUCUUCUCGGAUCUCACGGAAAGGGUACCACUUCAAAGUACUACUACUACAUGUGGCGCUUUGGAUGGGUUUUCUACCUCAUUGCUCUUAUCGCCAAUGUCAUGAGCUUCUUGACCUGCCUCCUCGCUCCAUGCAGUCGUUUGGCUUCCGGAAUUUCUGGCUUCUUCGUUGCCAAUGCUUUGUUCUGGUUUACCCUUGCUGCAUCAUUAAUGACUGCAACCUUCGUUAAAGCACGCGAUGAUUUCCGUUCCAAUGGACAAGAUGCCAGCAUUGGUCGUUACGCUUUUGGCUUCACCUGGGGUGCCUGGGCCGCCAUGUUUCUUGCAACCGUCUUCCUGUUCCUCGGCUGUGGUGCCGGUGGCAGCAGCAGCCGAAAGGAGAGAAGGUCGACAGUCAUCAAUGGCAAUGGCACUACCGAUCGCGAGGUUUCAAUGUUCCGUCGCAACCGAAGCAAGCGUUCCGCUCGUGGAUCUUUCAUCGACAACGAGAGCCAGCGUCGUGUCAAGGAUGAGUACGCUUAA